CUUACUCCAACACUCUGGACAUGGUCCUGCCCAUGGACGUCUCGUCAUCUCGUCACGUCAUCCAGGGAUCUAGGUCACCACCCCUGUCAACAGAUCUGUCCAGUUUGAUAGCAAAGCUCUCUCAAAAUUCAAGGUCUUCACCACCAAUACAGUCAGUCCUCAGUGCUGGAUCUUUUUUCCUAACUCAGACUUCAACAACGUCAGCAUAUCAGAUGACAUCGACAUCAACAAAUUUAGUCAUGGUGAAAGUUCUGGCUCUGUACAAUGCGACUCAAAUAAAGGUCUGUUUGAAAAUUAAAUGUAGUAGAGAAAAAAAUCAGUUCUUUGCAAGUAUGAAUAUAACUGGUUAAUUGCAUAACUCUCUGUCCUGGUUCAAUUAUGACAACUGUAAAACAACUUGUAGGACUACCAGUUGUUUGUUUUUUUUGGAAUCUCAUGAGGCCUUUUCAUGACCAAUUUCAGGAAGACAUCUUCAUGAUUAGUACCCCUGAUAUGUAUAUGAGGAGACUAGGUAGCCUUAAAUUAAAUCUUUUAUGGAAAUUUUAAAAAUGAUUUACCAGGUUGGCUCUGAAAUAUAUGAGAUAUCAAAACUAUCUCGAAAUAAUUAUUGAUAAAGAGCUUAAUCCAAUAGAAAUUCCGAUAUUAUCGAAAGUUUAACAACCAAAUUACAGCAGUCGGUGACUCAAUUGUUCUCAUUCUGCACCUGCACUUUUAGUAGUUUAAUAACUUUAGUUACCAAUAUGUGCAUCAAAAUGACCAAGCAUUUCAUGGUAAUUAGCUUUUUUUAUUACUUCUUAACGUUUUUAUGGAACAAAUUAAUGCCCGAAAAACCACAGCUUCAAGUGCGAUGGAGUAGUUAUUUUAGAAACUUUUCUCCAGAAUAAUUGGUAAUAUAAACAUAUAUUUUUUUUUUUUAACGGUGUGCCUUUGAUAUAAUUUUUAAAUAAUAUUUCCAAAAACAAUUAAAUUUGAUGCCAUAAUUAUUCUCAAAAAAUCACUCCUUCAAUGUAAGAGUGUUUUUUUCUUAUUACUAGCUUCACCAAAUUUUAAACGUUAAAAAAAAAAUAAUAAUUCGUACUCAACAAGCAACACUUCCUAACUUAGAUCACAAGCCAAGACGUCAGCCUGAUUCCACCAGAAACAAUGAACCAAGGAGACGUUCUGGAC